AUGAUCGAUGAUGGGUAUUCAUGUCUAAUCGAUUGUAAUCAAACAAAUGUAAACUGUUCGGCGGAUCAAACCAGAGAAAUAUUAUUCCAAUACCGUACUAUUCCGAGCAUUCAGAGUCUAGAUAAACCGUUAGAGGUAAUUUCUAAAUUAACAAUUAUGACCAUAUCAGAUAUCAAGGAUUACGGUAUCCAUGCCCACUCCAUUCGUAUCCGACUUUGUACUCCAUCACCGAUAUCGCCGUGACUUCGCUAUCGAAAAAGUGAACGAUCAUGUUGGUAAGCUGAAUGAAAAGCGUUGGCAACAUUAAUUUAUAGCAAUAAUUUCCCUGAAACGUCCAAUAAGAGGUCCAAAAACAGAGAUUGUAAGGAUUACUGUGAACACAAAGACUCCGUUCAAAGCUCUGAUUGCCCACAAUCUUAUUUAUAUUGAAGUUCAUGUCUCCGAAUACGACUUCUAA